AUGAAGAGUUUUGCUGUUGUGUCUGCCCUGGUUGGCCUGGCGGCCGCUCACGGGUACUACCAGACGCCAGCUCCUCGCAAACCAGGCGAGGCCUAUUCCGCUGCAUGCGGCGAGCAAGCCUACAACAUGAUGAACUCGGACAUCAACGGCAAUAUCCAAGCACUGGAAUCACUUGGCAUGGAAUACGAUGAAAAUACUGCCACUGUCCACUCAUUCUCUGCCGGCGAAGAGAUUCCCAUGUACUUCCAAAUCGUCGCACCACACACUGGCUAUGCCAACGUGUCUGUGGUCGACACUGCAACCAACAGCAUCCUAGCAGCCAACUUGACCAGCUGGGACGAAUAUGCCUCUACCAGCGUGCCACUGAAGGCUGAGUGGCAAAAUUUCACGGUCACAAUGCCGGAUACAUUGGGCGGGAAAUGUGCCACGGCAGGAGAGUGUGUCAUUCAGAUGCACUGGAACGCUCCACCGCCGGUCGACCAGACUUAUCAGAGCUGUAUCGAUUUCACCCUAGCGGGCUCGAACAGCUCGAAGAGGAGCCAUGCUCGAGGCUUCUCAUAG